UUGUCAUGUAUGUAAGCCGUGACUGGCCACACACUCCUGCACAGUAGGUGGCGGUGUAUGCAUAGCCUACUACUUGGAUGCGAUCCACCAAUCAUUGUCGAGAGAACACUGUACUAGACAUUCUCUGACUGUACUCAGUUAGCUUGCAGCAUACGCUGUAUUUAGUCAACGUUUAGCAAUUUCACUGAAAAUGGCCACAUUACAACGGUUGAAUGGAUUUCUCACCGACCGACUAGCCGCGGCUGCUAUAGAGAUAUUUGGGGCAGUAGAGAAGACGAUGGUUGAGUAUCAGGAACAAAUUUCAGAUUCUAAACAGGAGAUCAGGCAUCUACGAAAACUACUUGUAGAUUUGGGUUACAAGUCAGACGGCGUGCUUUCCAUUGCCCCUGCCAGUGAGGACGUGUUUGUUCCUGAGCAAGAGGAUGAGCAGGAGAGGGAUGCAAUUCCAAUAGAGAAAGAAAGUGAUGAAGACUCCCCAAUAGAACCAGACGGCACUCAAGAUGAAGAGAGUAAAAGUUUUAGUGGGGUUGACGGAGAAAUGACAUUGUCCAGCACAAAAAGAACCAGGGUCACAAGAAAACGUAAAGAGAAAACAACUAGUUACCACACCGCUGCUGCCCAAGUCGAAACCAGUGAACUGACACUGAGGGAAAACCCAGGGAAGAAACGACACAGCUGUCAUGUGUGCAUGAAAUGCUUUAGCAGGCCAAGCCAUUUGAAAGUCCAUCAGAGAACACACACUGGUGAAAAACCGUAUCAGUGUAAAGACUGUGGGAAAAGAUUCAAUCGCAAGUAUUGCUUAGAGGUGCACAUUCAGACUCACACAUCUGAUAAGCCGUUUUGCUGCCAUGAAUGUGGCAAAUGCUUUCGUCGAAAUGCAGAUUUAAUUCUGCACAUGAGAGUGCACACUGGAGAGAAACCCUUUAAGUGCCCUUUUUGCGACUCAUGUUUUAAAUCGGGAGGUCACUUAGUUCGGCACCAGCUGAGUCAUACAGGUGAAAAACCAUAUCAGUGCAAUGACUGUGGCAAAUGCUACAAGCGGAAAGAACACUUGACUGAGCAUAUGAGAGUUCAUACAGGGGAAAGACCUUACUGCUGCACAAAAUGUGGAAAGCGUUACAGUCUGAGGGGAAACCUGAGAGUCCACAUGAGGACCCAUGUGGGGGAGAAACCAUUCAAGUGUACUUUGUGUGGCAUUUGCACUGUAUCAGCACACCACCUCAAACGUCACAUGCAGAUUCACACAGGAGAGAAGCCUCACGUGUGCCCAGAUUGUGGAAAGUCCUUCAAUCGAAAAGAAAAAAUGACAGAGCACAUGAGAACUCACACUGGGGAAAAACCAUAUUGCUGCCAAGGUUGUGGCAAAUGCUUUAGGUUAAGGGCAACCAUGAACAUACACAUGAGGACACACACAUCCUCAAAAGAUACUUUUCACUUAGAGGUGACUGAAGAUGAUGACUAAUGCUUAUACCCUAACAGACACCUUACACUGACAAGAAGGGUUAGUUUUGUGUAUAAGUCCAAUACGAAUAAUUGAAAAACUGUAUUUAUCCUAGCUAAUGAAGCAAACUGAUGUUGGUUGAUGACUGCAUCAAACUUAUUCCAACUUUAACUAAUAAAGAUUUGUUUGCAAAUUCCUGGUUUCCUUUACAUUUCAGUGAAAUUCCCAUUGGAAUUUACAAUCACAAAUUAUUGUUUGUUAAAGUGUUUUUGCCAUAUAUAAUGUAGCUUAUACAGGUGUACUAACAUAUCUAUUAUAACAUUAUGGACUUAAAUUUGGUUGUAAAAAAUACAAGGUGAUUUUAGAACUUCACUCGUUCGAGUUAGCGAUUCAGUAGAAUUGCAAUUCACUCAUUGCAAUGUGUGGAAAA